GUUUUGUUAUUAAAAAAAUAAUUAUCACUUCUGUUAUCGGGCAAUUGGGCGUAUUUUUCUAGUGUCAAUUGUCAAAUCUUAAGCUUUUGAUUUUGGGUGUUGAAUUCUGGAAAUUGGGGAUUGGGGAAUUGAGUUCUGUUUUUUUUUUUUUUUGUGGUAAUUUUGAUAGUAUUUUAUUUCUUGUUCAUUUUUCUAGUGGGAAAAAAAGUACUUUUUUUUAGGGUUGUAUUUAGGCAGGAAUGGAUAAAAAGAAGGUUAUAGCUCCGUUGGUUUGCCAUGGGCAUUCGCGUCCGGUUGUUGACUUGUUCUACAGCCCGAUAACUCCCGACGGUUUCUUCCUCGUUAGUGCUAGCAAGGAUUCGACGCCAAUGUUGAGGAAUGGAGAGACUGGCGAUUGGGUCGGAACCUUUCAAGGUCAUAAAGGUGCAGUGUGGAGUUGUUGCCUCGAUAAACACGCUCUUCGUGCUGCCUCUGCUUCAGCAGAUUUUUCUGUGAAGUUAUGGGAUGCAUUAAGUGGGGACGUAUUGCACUCGUUUGAGCACAAGCACAUCGUUCGUGCUUGUGCUUUCUCAGAGGAUACUGACAGGCUGCUAACUGGAGGGAUGGAAAAAGUUGUUCGCAUAUUUGAUCUGAAUCGUCCAGAUGUAGGUCCCACGGAAAUCGAAAAAUCUCCGGGUUCAGUCAGGACUCUUACUUGGCUUCAUACCGAUCAGACGAUUUUAGGUUCCUGUACUGAUAUGAGCGGUGUGAGAUUAUGGGAUGUGAGAACGGGCAAAAUUGUUCGAACGCUUGAAACAAAGUCUUCUGUAACCAGUGCUGAAGUGAGUCAAGAUGGCCGCUAUAUUACAACUGCCGAUGGGUCAACUGUUAAGUUUUGGGAUGCAAAUCACUUUGGAUUGGUGAAGAGUUAUGAAAUGCCGUGCAUUGUCGAAUCAGCUUCGUUGGAGCCAAAAUUUGGUAAUAAGUUCAUUGCGGGUGGAGAAGACAUGUGGAUUCGUGUAUUCGAUUUCGACACUGGAGCAGAAGUUGGGUGCAAUAAGGGGCACCAUGGUCCGGUUCACUGUGUGCGCUUCUCACCGGGGGGAGAGUCGUACGCGUCUGGAUCUGAAGAUGGGACUAUUAGAAUAUGGCGGACCGGUUCUUUGGGGCCUUCCCAGAAUGUGAUGGAUGUUGUCAAAGAGGUUAAGCACUACGUCGCCGAAACUGUAAGAUAAGACUGCUCUCGUUUGCGAAUAACCGAAUCUUGAGAGAUUUUUAUCCUUUUAUUAAAUAAAAUAAGGGUUGUUUACAUACAUACAGUCAUGACUCUACUAUGAGAUAGUGUAAUUACAAAGUGUUCGUUCUCCUUCCCUUUUUCUUAGUUACCAUUAGACAGUGUUCACGGUUUCUGGUCAAUCGGAACCAGAUCCGACCCGUGGUCAACGGGACGGUUAAUCAGUCAAUAUGUUGACGACGACCGUUUAGGUUAAUCGGCGUGAACAAUUAGUUUUCAUUAGUAUGUUUACUAGUUUAAAUAUACUAAUAUAUAUAAUGUUUUUUU